AUGGCAGAAGUGGAUAAAGAUCAAGCUGCCGCUGCUCUUCGAUUGGCUGUAGCCAAAGAGGACAAUAACCAACCAACAAUUGGCUCUCUUUCAGCUGUAUUACAAAGUGACGGAGCCGGGUCUUCAAGUACCUCUUUUUCGGUGAUAUCAGAUGCGGACAAAGAACAAUUUACAGUUGUUUCUAUUUCGGACAAUGCAGGGCAUAGCAUGGACCGACCCAAAUCCUCUAUUCUAACCUCUACGCCAGGAGCAAGCGGCCAGGCCGGUACUCCUCGUACCCCAUCUCCAUCUAGCGACCAGCAACCUAGUUUAAUAGAAUCCGAUGCAGACGAAGAGCUAGAGAGAGAUUCGGCUUUCGGAGAUGAUGCGUCAGAGGAAAAUGGCAGACGAUACCACGGUUAUAGAGAUGGAAAAUAUUUACUCCCAAAUGACCUGGCCGAACAAGAGCGGCUUGAUCUGCAUCAUCACAUCUUUAAUCUUGCCAUAGAUGACAAGCUAUUUAUGGCUCCGGUAGAGAACCCACAACGUGUAUAUGACGGGGGAACAGGAACGGGGAUCUGGGCUGUCGAUUUCGCAGAGCAGGUGUCCCAAAGCAUCCCCGCACUUCGCUGGCUGACCGCUUCCAAAGCCAGUAUCCCAGUCGACGAUAUUGAAGACACUUGGCGCCACGAGCCCUUCAGCUUCAUCCACCUGCGAUCCCUAAGCGGCGCCAUCAAAGAUUGGCCAGCACUUCUCGCGCAAGCGUACGACCACAUCGAUCCCGGCGGCUGGAUUGAAGUCACUGAGUUUGAAGUCUGGAUUGAGUGUCAGAAUGAAAGUGUCGUGGGGCCACCGCCGAUGAUUCAGAGGUGGCAGGAAGGUCUUACUGACGCGGGUGAACGAAUCGGGAGGAGUUUUAAGGUGGCGAAGAAUUUGAAGCGUUGGCUUGAGAUGGUCGGGUUCGUGGGCGUUGUGGAGAGUGUUGUUAGGGUUCCGAAUGCUCCUUGGCCGAAAGACCCCACACAGAAAGAAAUCGGCGUGUAUCAGCAACAGAAUAUGAUCGACGCGUCGUCAUCAUACGGCCAGGCGCAUUUCACCCGUGUUCUAGGCUGGACCAAGGAAGAAUACGAUGUACUGAGUGCGCGUGUGAGGAAUGAGCUGAAAAGUUCAAAGUACCAUCUCUACUCGAAUCUUUAUGUAGUUUAUGGGCAGAGACCUAGCUUGCAUGGCUCGGAGGCUGGCGCAUAG